CCCUCACUCCUAUAGUAUAGGUACUUUGAGAAGGAAGGAGGCUAGUGGCAAUGAAUCAUGGGAAACCUGCAGCAAAACUGGUGAUGUUAAGGAAUCUUUAAUAGGGAGAAACGAAUGGGGAAGCUCCUUGUCGAGGAGAUAAGCGUGGGCAUGAAAUAGGAGUAUACUGGUGCUUUUUUUUGCUAAGUGGAAGUGUAUCACCGAGCUGUGUGGAUGGAUCCCCUUUGGCCACUAAUUAAAGACAAAGAUUGGCAGCCCCAGAAACUGCGCUCUCCGUUCUCCUUUUUGUGUGUGCACUAUACACCGAGCUCCUAACAGUGAGCUACACAGCCCACUAUUACCAUGGUGCUCACAAGGAAAAGAUACAAAGAACUUGGCAUAGUGCCCCAAACAGAAGAGGCUCCCUUAAAGGAUCGACAGGCAAAAAUCACACACUUUUUCUUGCCAAAGCAGAAUGACAUGCAGCCCCAUGAAGAGGCUCAUGAACCUCUCCCGUCUUCAGGCCCCACCCUUGACUGGUCUUUAGACCGUAUUAGUGACAUUUAUGGGCUAAGAAAAGAUCUCUCCUCCCUGAAUCUGGAAAAGGAAUUAGCAGCGGCAGAUCACCACUCCCAUUCGCAGCCCAAGGAGAAUGUACAAGCAGAGAAUUUGGCUUCAAUUGACCCUGUACCUUUAAGGGGAAAUUUGAAUAAUGAAACUUUUAAAAGCACAUCGGAUCCUCCCCCUUCUCCCUGUGUAAAUAACAUUCCUGUAAUGGGCUGGGCUCUUCUGCUUCUUGAGGAACUUGACCUCAUCAAAACCUUCCUUUCCGAAUGUAAUACCCUGCUGAACACCUUGGUGACAGUUGUUGGGAAGGCAAAUCGAGUGAAUGGUGAUAAAGAGAAGGUUUUUACCACUUCAAAUUUAGAAAACAUGAGUACCAGGCCAGCUAAAACAACCAUCCAACAUCCACAGAUACAGAAAGGUGCGCGAAAGUGCGAACAAACUCCUGGAAAGAGAAAGAUAAUUUCAAAAAAGUCCAAAAACAUUAAAAAUUCAAAAUUUCCCCGAUACAGGAAAUUGAAUUAUAAACUACUCUUUAAACUACUCGACACCACUUCCUCCCAGAUUUCUGAGCCACAACCAGCUGAGGCCCCUAAAGAGGCCCCUAAAGAGCCAUCAAAGAGGAAGACGGAAACUAAGACCAUGGCCGUCGCCACUCCCAUUUUAUCCUCGCAAGUGCCUGCUCCCACCGCUUUACCUACAGACUACGUAUCUUGGCACUCGCAGGCUCAUCGCACUCCUUCCACUACUGGACUAUAUAAGACUGCUGCUCAGAGACACCCAAUCAAAACACAUUGGGACCUGGUUUUGAAUCUGAAUAAGCUGGCCUUAAUAAACUAUCCAAAGCUGUUCGGCUUUCAACCACAACACUUUCGGAAACUCCAUUUUUUGGACCUAUUGGACCCCAUUCUUCCUGGUCAGAUUUGCACAUCACACAUCAAUUACAUUGAAUAUUUUUAAAAUAAUUUUAAGACUGCACGAAGUCUUAAAAUGCAACCUUACGAAUGCAACCUUCGCUAGAACAGUUUAUGACAACAGGGACGCUAUUGCCCGCUCCGGGAUUACAAUCACAAGAUUUUUCGAGAAUGUGGCUCUGCCACAACCUCUUGGCCCCUCUUGUCCUGUUUCAACUACUCACAGGCGAGGUGCCCCCCCUUUAGGCACUAGAAGCUCGACAUGCCCUGCACCUCCUACAGAUCCAGCCCCUCGUACCAUCUUCUCUCAGGAAGGGCCAGAUCCCUCUUUAGCUUCUCAGGAUGGGCCAUUCGAACCGGAAGAAACCCAGCUGAUUGAAUCCUUUUGCGAACUACCUAAGGAUGAACACAACUCAAUUAUACUCAGAUUGGACCGCCUCAAAACGCUACUGGGCAACCUGCAAGCCAAACACUACAACCCCCUCAGAAACAGAGAAUCGCUGCAUUCCACCAGGCCGGCAGAAUCCGUUACUUCGCCCAUCAGAAAGACGCUCAACUCUGCCAGCACACCUGCCCCAAGUCACGUCACCCAGAAGGUAACAGCCGAAAUAAAUUUGACUUCACUUAACAACGUAGUCCAAAACGAGGGGAGCACGGCUCCAGCUAGGCUUUCAGGAAAGGGGGCUAAGCCCUCUGCUGGCCCCUCCUGGAUCGAAAUGUGCUAUCUGGAAGCGGAGGAACUGGGACCCCCGAAAAGACCCCGCACCCACCCAGUACCUUGGUACGCCGAGAUGGCCCAAUCAUUACAAAUGUCAGCAUCCAAAAUCCAGAAACAGAGUUAAUCACAGAUUUGGGAAAUUCUAUGAAUUGACAGAACCAAACCCAGUUGAUACAAACUUGCCAACGGCCAGUUCAGCAGGGCAGUCAUUAUCCUCAGAAAAGCUUCCUACAGGACGAUCUGAACUCCCGGGCUCCCAUAUAAACUUCCUCUCAUGGAAUAUCGCUGGAUGGAAAAACAAGUCGGCCGACCCAGAGCUCAUUGCCUACCUACAAUCUUUUGACAUUGUCUCCAAGCGACUUGGCUCCUGGACGCUAACUCUUUUUCCCUCCAGGGCUUUAAGGCUUGGGA